AACUCCAUUGUAGAGUGUAGACAGCGUCUCUGGAAUCUGCUUAAUCUUCCUCCUCACCUUUAAUCAUCUUCUUUUAUCUCCUUCUCGCAUUUAUCUUCUUUACAAAAAGUCAACUCUUUCCUUAUCAGAAUCUCCCUCCCAUCGCUUUAACUAUCGCAAUACACCGACUUCACAUCUUCAAGUGUUGAUGAGCUCGUAGAAGCUUACGGGGAAAUGGCCUCCAUGAGCUCCGGUGAUGAAAGUCUCCGCCUUUGCGUCUUUGAUUUGAGGAGAGGCCAAACCGAAGGUCAGGAGCUUGACAAGAUUCUCUUCUUUCAUCCUCCUGAGCUUGACGUCUCCACGCAGCUAUCAGUUACCGGCCUCAGUGAAGGUCUUAUUACUUUUACUAGACUUUUCUCUCCUGAGGCAGCUUGUGAGGUUAUAGAAGCAGAAAGGCAUUCUCAUGUUUUCUUUGAGGCCGAAACUGAUAUCUGGAUGGUGAUGGUUGUGGAGAAAAAUAAGGAUACAGGAGCUAUAUGGAGGAUUGAUGCACUCAGGGGAAUGCUUAAAGAAGUGCACUCACUCUUUGUGAUGUUUCACGGGUCAGUUAGAGCUUUACUCGAAAAAGAACCAACAGGAGGGCUUACCCGAGCACAGUUGUAUCCCUUCAUUACAGACUACUUAAGCACAUUUCAAAAGCGGUCUCGCUCAGAAGACUGGUGCUGUGAUCUUUUUGUUGGGAAGAAACUUCAGCUACCUAAUUUCCGUGAAACUACUUUGAGUGAGCGUGGAACCGUUCAAAUGCUUACUCUAGCAAGGGACACUGCACUUGAAGUUCAGUCUCUUGUUCAAGUACUAGACUCAUGCGCUGGGAACUUACAAUGCCACUCUAUGAUCUUAUUUCAAGAUCUGUUGGUUUCAACUACUCUCUCACCUGAUGAUACCACCAAUUUGUUUACAUUUGCUGUAAUGAGGUUGACCUCACAAGCUCUACUAUCCUCUGACGCCAGUUCCUGGUCUUAUCUACGUAAGGGGACUGGUUCAUCUGAAACCUCUUCUACUUCCGGUUCAAUUGAUUCCCAGCAUCAUGUUAUUAGGCCACUACAAAAUGAUAAGUGGAAAAAAGGGAAAGAUGGUUUUCUCGUAACUGAUGUUUGGGGUUUAGAGACUGGUGGUUCACCUGAUUCUGCCAUCCCUAUAGUCUGGCUUCAGCAGAGGCAAGAAAGAGUGUAUCUCCUCGCUUAUCAGUAUAAAAGUCUCACCUUACUUCUUCUCUUACCUACAACUGCCGUUCUCAAUGGAGGUUUAAGCGUGUCAGCCGUGAAACAUCAAGUUAUUGAACAGGCAUCGCUGAGGAUUAUGAAAAUUGAAGAGAAGAUCUCAAGGGGGUGGGGAGGUGAGAAUGCUUAUCAUGUUAAGGGUUACCGUUACUUGGUAGUUGAUACUGACCUAGAAGUUUCCAGAGCUUCUCCUUCAGGAAAAGUAGCAACACUUGCUAAGGAGUCUCUACUUGCACUAAACAAGCUCAGAGAAGAAGUGGAUUUAGAAAAGAGCCGUGCGAAAAGGCAGGAGAGAGACUUGGAGAUAUGCAUAAGAGCUAAGAACAACGCGUGGGUGAUCGCCCGUGUGAGUAGAGAUAAAGAGCUUUACAUGGCUUUGGAGAAAGCCAGUGACACUCUUCUUGAUGCCACAGACGCUGUUGGAAGAUUCAGCAACUGGUAUUGCAGCGGAGCGUUUUUGAUGGACUAAGUAAGAUUAGUCUUUUGUUUCUUCUGCUUCUUGGAAGAGGUUUCUUCUAGUUUCAAGUACAAAAAGCUCUGUUUAGCCAUUAGUUUUGUUGUGAAUUCCACGUUCGACCAAUGGAAAAGAGAUCGUUCUUUGUGCUGAGGGAAACAUUUACUCUCGUGGUCUCUAAUUUGUAGAAAUAGUAGCCUGAAUUAUACUAUUGGAAGAACUGGCCUGUUAAAAGCAUGCUCGAGAAAGAUAAGGCACUGUUUAUAAUUCA